UGCGCCGGGAACAGAGGUGCGGAGCGAGGGAAUUGGUCGGCGAGAGCGGCGAGGAAGAAGGCCGCCGGAGGUUUUGAGGAAGGGAAGGCGGAUUGGGAGCUGAGGAUUUUCGCGGAUUUUCAACGGCUUAUCUAUUAUUUUUUUUUUAAGAAAAAGUGAGAUCGGAUGAUUCGUUGAGGUAAUUUGGUGGAGGGGAGGGAUUAGACGGAGGCAUUUGGGAUCUUGUUAGAAGUGUUGUGGUAUUCUGGUUCUUUGGUUUUGCGGUGUAUGGUUUCUGGAUCUGGUGGGAUACAGGGAUUUGUUUGAUUGAACACCGAUCCUGGGUUUGGCCAACUUGUUAUCGGAAGCUGGUCGUCUAUGGCAGGGAUGCCAGGCACGGCUUUCAGGGUUCAGAAUGAGUGCGUGGGCGUCCCUUUGAUUGCAUAUAGGAAGAAGGGUGUUUAUCGCGGGCCCCGUACGGAGAGAUGCUCCUUUAUGAGGCAGUGCCCUGGGGUUUUUUUGGAAAGUAAACUGUUAGGAUCGAAGUUGCGGGCUUCCGAGCGGGUUCAGCGCUGGUGGACAGAUGGGCCGGGGCGUUCCCCUAUGCUUAAGGUGGUGUCGGCGACUAUGUCACUGUCUCAAGUGCCGGAGAAGCCGCUGGGUCUAUACGAUGCAUCUUUUGAUAAGGAUUCUUGCGGUGUCGGCUUUGUUGCGGAGCUUUCCGGCGAGUACAAACGGGAAACGGUUGCCGAUGCCUUGGAGAUGUUGGUUAGGAUGGCACACAGGGGAGCGUGCGGUUGUGAGGUCAACACCGGUGACGGGGCAGGCAUCCUUGUAGCGCUUCCGCAUGAUUUUUACAAGGAGGUAGCCAGGGAUCUUGGAUUUGAUUUGCCGCCACCUGACCAAUAUGCGGUUGGCAUGUUUUUCCUGCCUACUGAUCCAGGUCGUCGUGAGGAAAGCAAGGCUGUAUUUACCCAGGUUGCUGUGUCAUUGGGGCAUGAGGUUAUUGGCUGGCGACGAGUGCCUACUGAUAAUUCAGAUUUGGGGCAGUCUGCUCUUCAGACAGAGCCAAUCAUUGAACAAGUGUUCCUGAAACCACGUUUGGGAUCAAAUAUUGAUUUUGAACAGCAGAUGUACAUAUUAAGAAGGUUUUCUAUGUCAGCUAUUCGGGCUGCUUUAGAUCUCCAACAUGGUGGUGCAAGGGACUUCUACAUAUGUUCCUUAUCUUCCAGGUGAUUUUUCCAUUGUUAAUACAUGACCAGCACCAUCCGUUUUCAUCUUCUUCUCUUCUUCGUUUAUUGGUACCAAAAAACACUUUUCUUUGUUGUGCAAGUUGAACUUCAGCCACCCUCAACUUGAGCUUGAGUA